ACAACACGUACUUUAGCCGUGUUUGCUAGCUAUUCUUUAUUGAUUUCCUGCGUUAUCCACGCAACAUCUCAUACAGCUGCGCUGUUACAGAAUAGCAAGCAGGCUACGGUGGCGUCAUUUAAAUAAUUAUCCUGUGAUUUUGCUUUACAUCACGAGCAUGAUGUCAAGGACUAGUCCCAGUUGGACGGCAUGUAAAAAUUUUAACCAGUAGGACUGGUUUCCAAGCAAUAAUGUGUCCAUAAUGUGUUACAGGGCACGGGAGCGGAUAUCAUCUAGCUGAUAAAGACAACAUUGACUUCAAGCGAUAGGAUUGCAUCGUGUUUACAAGUCCGCACCACUCCCGAGGAAUAAUUUGCCUGAUGUCGCAUGAAAACGUAUGGAAUAAAUGAAUUAAUAUGGGAAAGCUGGAUGGACUUCUCUAUAUUCUGGCUUGUUGCCUUGCCUUAACUGCCGCCUCAAAAGACGAAAGACGUCUGCUCCAAAGCCUUCUCAAAGAUACGGACACGGCAGCCCGACCCGUAUUAAAUGCUUGGGAAGUGGUCAAUGUCACCUUGAGAAUGUGGAUCCUGCAUGUCCUCAGGCUGGAACAAGCUGGUGAGAAUCUCACCAUGGCCACCAAAUAUAGACUGAGAUGGAAUGCGCCAGUCAUGACCUGGAAGCCUGAAGAUCACGGUAACGUGACGGCACUGCAUGUCCAGCCAACCAGAAUCUGGACACCGGAUCUUAUCCUUCAGAACAACCUCAUGAAGGAGAAGUUGAAGAACGGCGAACCUCACGAUAGUCUCCUCGCCGACACCCCCGUGGUGGUCACCUAUGACGGUAAGGCUGAAUGGAGGUUACCCACCAUCACCAAAGCACAUUGUAAGAUAGAUGCCAUGUAUUUCCCUUUCGACAGACAAAGGUGCACCAUGAACUUUACCCUCUUGUCGCACACCGUGAAUGAGGUUAGACUACUUCCAGAAAGUCCCAACGCCUUGACUCUCGACGAUGUCGACAAUCAUAAAUCUAGCGUCUGGCAGGUGGCCGCAGAGCCCGUGAAGCAGGGACUUGUCCUAUUAGGCAUGGCGUCUGACCCUCACUCGCAGCUAUCAAUGACACUGAUUCUGGAGAGGAAGCCCUUGUUCUUCAUCUUUAACCUCAUCUACCCUGCGGUGGUCAUCAUGGCAGUGUCAAUCCUCAGUCUACUCUUACCAAACAAGUCAGGGGAGAAGAUGGUAUUUAGUGUUUCCAUUCUGGUGGCGAUGAACUUCUUUCAGCAGAACCUUCUCAAGAUAUCAUUUCCAACAGAAGAGGGAAUUCCAUUACUUGGGCAAUUCAUUGGUACUGGACUGGCCAUGGCUGCAAUAGCAGUGGCGUGUGGUGUGUUUACUCUAAGGCUGCAUUACAAGGGAUCACGCGAACCAGGGAAUUUGCCGGACGCCUCCCUGGUGAAACAUCUUGCGAGAUUGACUUGCAUGCAGAGUAUUGUGGAGGAGUUGGUCAGCUCUGAACCGAGAUAUAUUCGAAAAAGCCCGAGAAAAGACACUUUCAAAGAAGACAAUCACACACUCUAUCCGAUUUCUACAGUGCCAACUGAAAGAAUCAUCCAAAGUUGUAGAGAAAGAUACAUUCCAACAAUACGAAGUCAUACUCGGAAUCACAGGAGUCUGUUGAGUUCUAUUGUAACACAAGUCUCCGAACUGAAAGACAUAUACCAGACAAAUGCCAAAUCAGAGGAAGUUGCAGACGAUACUCAGUCAGCUUGGGAACUAGUCGCCCUCAUGGUCCAGAGGAUAAUGGCUGUGGCAUAUGCAGUUGUUCUUGUGGCCGUUUGUGCUGGUAUUUUUCUCCAGCUUGGCUUUCGUACUAACUGAGUUGAUUUCAUUGUCUACUAGAGAUUUCAUUGUCUACCAGAGUCUUUCAAAUAAAUUUGAAUGACUCUGUUAGUACAUAUUCUGGAUUUGGACUGGUUGCCGAGACCUUGAACUUUAUGAUUGUGGCCGUCAACUGCAUUGUUCUUUUGGCCAUUUGUUUAGCUCUCUUCUUGCAGUUUUAAUAUGAGUUAACCCGAUAGGAUAACAAUCAUUAAAUGAUUGGAUUAAAACAGAUGUGACAAAAACCCGUCAUACUCCUUGCGCAAUGAUAGUACCAGAUGGUGUGAUGAGGCGGUUAAUGUCUGUUUUGGAGAAUGCUGUUCUGUGUGACACUGAAGUGAGAACCUAGCUAACUAAGGUUGCCAGUAUGGCUUUGUGACUGAAGACAGUUUGCCUCCAUCUGCUUAGUCAGUCUUGAGAAAGUAGACCCUACUUCGAAAUCAAUAACAUGAAGAGUACUUUGCAUUCAAAAAAUACUUUAUUUAAAGACAAAAUUAUCAGACAAAAUACUUCUUGAACUUUACAUACACCAUGCAGCUUUGACAUGUUUGAAAAUAACAGUAAAAUCAAACAUCACCCGACUGGGAUGAACUGAAUUGAAGGUUGAGACAAAUCUGUAGAAAUUAAAAAUUUUGAAAAUGAUAUAUGACCCUUUGUGAAUUCAAACAUAAAUACAUAAAUUUUGCUAGUUUGUACUUGCAAAUACAUCUGUUAAGUUUCGAAAUGAACCAUGGCUUGUAUGCAAUUACACAGUUGACAAAUAUGAA